GGGUUUUUUUUUUUGUAGGAUUAUACGUCAAACGAAAAAUGUCGGAUUCCUCAGAUUCUGAAGGACAAGCUCCUCAUGUCGAACGCAAGAUACCCAAUAUACUGGUAACUGGAACGCCAGGAACUGGAAAAACUACUACCUCGGAGAUGAUUGCUGAAGCAACUGGAUUAACUCACGUCAAUGUCGGUGACUUGGUCAAGCAAAAGCAACUCCAUGAGGGUUACUUGGAAGAAUUCGACACUCACAUUUUGGACGAGGACAAGCUGAUUGAUGAAUUGGAAGAGGUUAUGGAAGGUGGAGGCAAAAUUGUCGAUUUCCACUCUUGCGGCAUAUUUCCCGAGCGAUGGUUUGAUCUCGUCCUUGUGUUGAGAGCAGAAACCAAUGUUUUGUAUCCCCGCAUGGAGAAGAGAAAUUAUAAUCAGCGCAAAAUCACUGAGAAUAUCGAGUGUGAAAUCAUGCAAGUUGUUCUUGACGAAGCAAGAGAGUCAUAUGCUGAAGAAAUCGUCAUUGAACUACCCAGUAACGACAUUAAUGACAUGGAAAGCAAUGUUGAUAGAGUACGACAAUGGGUAGAUAUCUACAAAGCAAAUCAUUCAUAGACCUUUCAGUGUACAUCUCCUACCACCCUUUUUCUUCACGCGUCAUAUACACAUCUGUAACAAACUCCUUCAUUUUGUUCAAAUUGU